UCCGCGUCUCCCUCGUCUCCUAGACACAUUUCAAGCUUUCGGUCGAAGCUGUGGAUUUUACCUGCUAGUUGAGGUCCGGAUUGAAUGUGUGAAACGAUGCUGAUGAAGUUGGAAAGUAAUGAGCAAGGAUGCUGAAGCUGCCGGCAAGCCCGCUUUGUUCGGAGGAGCGCAAGGCUUUUGUGCCGCUGUCAUCCCGCAGCUCAUCCCCUGCUGCUUUGUCUUCACUUGGCCCUCUGAUACCGACCGUGAGCAGCAGUGUGGUUUGCCAGUAUUGGACUGCGACCACCAGCCGCAGCAGGUCAGCACUAUGAGUCAGUAUGGGGCCGGAGCUGGUGGUGGUGGUGCAUCUGGAGGGACAAGGGAAAGAGGUGGAGCAGAGCAUUACUGGGAGCAACGGCGGCGCUCAAGCGACCGCUCGCGUGACUCCUCCCAUGAGAGAGCGGAGAGCCAGCUGACGCCCUGCAUCAGGAAUGUUACCUCUCCCACUCGGCAGCACGACCGUGAACGUGGUGAUGGAGGCUCGUCCUCAAGAUCCUCCAGUCCACGUCCUCCCAGAGUUUCUCUUCCCUACUCCCAUGUUUCGGGGACCCUGAUCAGUGGCCACAUACCUCGAUCCCUUGGUCCCUCUGGAGCAGACCACCACUCGAAGUCACUGGGCCAAGGACUUUGUGAUAUGAUCUAUGUUUAUGACCUCAGCAGUAAAGAGGGCCAUCGUGGUGCACUGAGACUGGGAGAGAGAGUAACUCUGAUAGUGGAUAAUACAAGAUUUGUGGUGGACCCCGCCAUCUUCACUGCACAGCCUAACACUAUGCUUGGCAGGAUGUUUGGUUCUGGGCGGGACAACAACUUCACUCGACCCAAUGAAAAAGGAGAGUUUGAGGUGGCAGAUGGUAUCAGCUCCACUGUUUUCAGAGCCAUACUGGAUUACUACAAGUCGGGGAUAAUCCGCUGCCCUGACGGUGUUUCUAUUCCUGAGCUGAGGGAGGCAUGUGACUACCUCUGUAUCUCCUUCAACUACAGCACCAUCAAGUGCAGAGACCUCAGCGCCCUGAUGCACGAGCUGUCCAACGACGGUGCCCGGCGUCAGUUUGAGUGUUACCUGGAGGAGAUGGUGCUGCCACUGAUGGUGGCCAGUGCUCAGAGCGGAGAGCGAGAGUGUCAUGUUGUGGUGCUGACCGAUGAUGACGUGGUGGACUGGGAUGAAGAAUAUCCUCCACAGAUGGGAGAGGAGUACUCUCAGAUCAUCUACAGCACCAAACUGUACCGCUUCUUCAAGUACAUAGAGAACCGAGAUGUGGCCAAGUCAGUGCUAAAGGAUAGAGGGCUGAAAAAGAUCAGACUGGGCAUUGAAGGCUACCCCACUUACAAGGAGAAGGUGAAGCGACGACCUGGAGGUCGCCCAGAGGUCAUCUACAACUAUGUCCAGCGUCCCUUCAUCCGCAUGUCCUGGGAGAAGGAGGAAGGGAAGAGCCGCCAUGUGGAUUUCCAGUGUGUCAAGUCAAAGUCCAUCACCAACCUGGCUGCUGCUGCUGCAGACAUUCCCCAGGACCAGCUGGUGGUCAUGCAUCCUCCAGGACCACAGGUGGAUGAGCUGGACAAUCUCCCACAGCCGACACCCAGUGUCAAUGACCCCCACCAGCCAUCUUAUGGGCAGGCAGCAGAGAACAGUGCGGGCCCCCUGCUUGCUCUGGGCUAUGAAAGCCCCAGCACACAGGCUCAGGACAGUCAGAGCCAGGCAGCCCGCAACCAGCAGCAGCAGCAGCAGCACGGCAGCAGCCACACUCAGGCCACUUACCACUAUGAGCCAGACCCAGACACUCCAUCACCCUCUGCAUGAGACUGGCUGCACACUUUUCCCCUCCUUCCCUGCUGGGUUCACACCAAGAGCAAGAAGUGCUUUUAUUUCCAUCACAUCAAUGACAUCUGAGGGAGGGGUGUACCACGACGCAGAUUCAACAAACCUAGGCUUUCUUUAAGUAGUUCUUUGAGUCUUGAUCAACAAAGCCUUGGGCUGUAGCUUGAUAUCUAGCACUACAAAGCUGGUUAGUAACUUUCUCUGUUAACUCAGGCAUUCUGCCUCAAGCUGUCUGUGCGCUCACCUGAAAGGGGGCAUUAGCCUGUCAUUAUGCUUCUCCUGCUUCUAAAUGAACUACAACCAGCUGUCUGCUUCUGUCAUUAAAAUGAGAAGAAAUGAUAAAUACACAAAGUCAGUAGUAGUAAACACAUCACUGCUUCUACAGAGAAGGAGAGGGACACUGCAAAAAUGACUGUAUUAAUUCUUUGUAUUUUUAGUUAGUUAGUUUUUGUCCAAUGUGACAGCAACACUCAGCACGACUCUUACUCUUCAACAAUGAUAGACAGGACAACAGAAGUAUUAUCAGGAACUUUAAAAAGUUCUGAUAGUCUUUAGAAAAUAAAUGGGAGUACCUUAAGCAUUCAGCAAAAUUGAAAUGAAAUCAGUACGUUCAAUAUGUGCAUCGUGUUUUGGAAUGACAAGAAAUAAAUCUUUAACCUUUAAUUUAAUACGUUAGGACAAAUCCAUUUCUUCAUAGGCUGUAGCUCUAAAGCCAGCUGUGUACUUUUCAGGAUAUUAGGACCAAACUUAAAAACAACUUGUUGCUGUAUCCUCAUUAUUUAUACUGUGAUGAUCUCGUGAUGCUAAAAAUGUAACUUUAACAUGAAACACGAACUUUAAAGGUGGGGUUGGGGUGCUGAUAUAACAUCAGUCUUACUACUAAUAAUUACUGUUACUGCAUUGUAUUAUUUUGAACAUUAUAUUAAAACUGAUUCAAAAAGUUGAGGACAUUCCUAGGUAAUAAUUGAUAGAGAUAUGACACUUAACAGAUUUUAAGAUGUAACUCUAUUAUGAUUUGAUGAGUUAAGAGCACCACAGUGACCUAGCCUUUUUUCAAGAGCCAGCUUCCUGUUUAUGAAAACUCUGACUUUGGACUCAACAGUCCAGGAUUACCCUCUAAUCUUGCUCCGUGGUACAGCCCUCAGUUCAGAACAAAUGCUGAUUAGAUAGAUUAGAAAGAUAUCCAACUUUGACAGGUGUUCUCUAAGCAUUUUUUAGCUAAACUCAAAGUCUGUCUAAAAAUGGAAAAUGAGCAACAGUGACUACACCAGUAAUGCUAAAAAGCAGCGCAAUCUGACUGGCAUUCACCAGCUAAUAAGCACACCAAGCUGAACCUUUCACAGCUCAAAUUAAAGCACUUCUGACCAUGGGUCGCUUUCAGUGUAAACACAGAUUUUUCUCCCACUGCCCCUUGAUGCCGCCUCUUCUUUAGUGGCUAAACACCACUUUGCCUUCAAUUGCACUCCUGCUGCAGCCUUUCUCAGUCAACACAGCGUCUGAAUGAACGCUAACUGUUCAGCAGCCAAGGACAGAUGAAGCACAUCGGCAGCCACGCCCACCCCCAAACACACCGUUUGUUUCUAUUCAUCUGACCAAAGGAGACUUCAGUUGCAUUCUGUGUGCAUGUAAAAAGACAGAGAUCUUUAUUACUUUAUAAGAAGCAUGUAUGAGAGCUGUUUGUGCGUAUGUGUUAUACUGUACCUCACUGGGAAAGUGGAAUUGAGUGCCUCUUUGCUGGUCUAUUCUGAGGCUAGAUGGUAAUGUUUGCUGUGAAGAGUGAACUUUCCCAGCGUAUGUGAAAGCCUUGAAAGAUUUUAUUUCAGCACAUUUUUUUUUUUCAAUGUUCCACUUUUUUUUUUAUCAGUUUAUGUGGUUCCUAAUUUACACUGAGUUCAUAUUUUUACUUGUUUACUCCUCUUCCUGUCUGUGUCCUAGCUGACCUGUAUUCAAACUGCACGGUCUUUGUCACCAUUGCUGUGAGCACACAGGAUGUCAGAAGAGAUGUUGAACAUGUUUUUGUAAUAAAUGAGAUUCACAA